AUCGCCCCAAAGGCCUUGUCCGGAUUUCCUGCCUGGGUAAGAAAGCGGAGGUCUAAAGCGAAGAUUCUUGGCGAAAAACAUAAAUAACCUUAUAUUUUAGACCAGAAACAAAACCAUUCCGUUUCUUCUGCGACGUCGAGGUCCACGUAAAGCGUUUACAAAAUGAUCCGAUUCAUCCUGAUUCAGAACCGGGCUGGAAAAACUCGUCUUGCCAAGUGGUACAUGCAGUUUGACGACGAUGAGAAGCAGAAGCUGAUUGAGGAGGUGCACGCAGUGGUGACCGUCAGAGACGCCAAGCACACCAACUUCGUAGAGUUCAGGAACUUCAAAAUAAUAUACAGACGCUAUGCCGGCCUGUAUUUCUGUAUCUGUGUGGAUGUGACUGACAAUAAUCUGGCAUAUCUGGAGGCUAUUCACAACUUCGUAGAGGUAUUAAAUGAAUAUUUCCACAAUGUCUGUGAGUUAGAUCUGGUAUUUAACUUCUACAAGGUGUACACUGUGGUGGAUGAGAUGUUCCUAGCUGGAGAAAUUCGAGAGACGAGCCAGACCAAGGUGCUGAAACAGCUACUGAUGCUGCAGUCCUUGGAGUAGAGUCACUACAGGACUCCUUUCCCCUGACUCCCCCACCAGAGACACUACUCCCCUGAGAACCUGUAAACCCAGACCCUCCUCGAACUGAGCCAACCAGCCAAGCCAUAGCCCUCCAGUCCGUACCUACGCUCGCUACAGCCCCACGAGAUCUCCGCCUGUCUCACCCAAAUGGGCCGUUCUAAGGGUAUCAAUAAACCUCAAAGCAAUCCAGUUUAACGCACUGUUCAAUGUACCUCUCGGUUAGUGAAUAAGGGAUGAGGUGCUAAGAGUGACCAUUUCCUACUGGAAUUGCUAAAGAUACACCAAGCUGAUUUGUAAAUGUAUUGGGUAGUAGAAAUGACCCCUUUUUAAAUGAAGCACUGCCCUCACUCGCUGGUUGUUGGGAGGUGCAUGGGUCAGGUUUACAGGUCUCUGGUUAAUUCCCCUGGCAUUGUCUGCUGAAAUCCAGUGUGCUUUUUUUUUUUCGUUGUUGUUGAUCUAAUUCCAAAAAGGGUUGUUUUAUGAUGUCUGAAUUUUAUUUGAGGGACCAGGACACGUUUAGGACAGCAAUGUGCUCAUACAGUGUUUAAAACUAGAGAUGGUCUAGUUACAGUAAAAAAAAAAAAAAAAAAAAAAAA